GCAUUGUGUGCUGGGGAAAGGUUCAUUGUUCCCGUGUGGCGUGUGUGCGCUUGGCGUUCCAUCGUAGCGUGCGUUAGUACUAUAGCAAUUCUUCACGAACCGAUGCCACGAGGCGGUUGAUUCUCGGAUUCCCCAAUUGCGCGAGCACCCGUGAAAAAAAAAACGCUGCAUAGAACAUGCUGUUUGAGAUGGUGUGUGUGUGUGCGGUUUUGGAUGCUUUGUGAGACAGCGCUACCUCUCUAUGCACGCACACGCAUAGCCAUACUUAGUAUUCUCCUUCUCUUUCGCCACGCGUUUGCGAGCGUGUGUGAGUGUUCGCUGUGAAGAGUUUUCGGGAACGCGAGGCGACGGAUGCGUAGGUUAGCUUUUUCCGUCGUCGGCUGUGGUUCUGGCAUGGUGUGUCCUGCGACUGACCUCUUCCGCUUCGCACACGUAAGACGACGCUCGUGCAGUGAAUGAAGGUACAGGGCACCGGAGAUAAGUCGUGCCCGUGUUUGUGUGUGCUGCGUGAGUAACGCCUUUUUUGCAUUCCACCCAUCGAUACGGUUCCCCCAAUUCCACACUUCUCUCGGAUAAGGAGCCGCUUGCAAGCCGGCUUAAGUUAACGCGCUUGGAAGAAAGGAAGGAACAAAAAAAAACGGGCGAACAGAGAACGCGCGUUGUCCCGUGUAUGGUGGUUGUUCGUUCGCCGCGAUCCUACGAUUGAGAGUGUGUGCGUGUGUUUGGUGGCGAGAAAAGCGCAUCCCGCGCAUUUUUGCUCUCACGAGACUCGUACUACGCUGGGAGGCAAUUUGAGACGCAUUUUUUUCCUGCUUCGACGCGUUCGCUUUCUCGCUUACUCCCGGUACGAGCGUAAGUGAAAUGGAAUGAUAAAGAAGAGCGGUGUGUAUGUGCGUGUAAGUGAAAGCGAUAUACUUAACGCGAAAAGGAAAGUAGACAGCAAGCGCGAGAGAGCAAGAGAGCGGGUAACUGUGGUUCGCUUUGGUGUGUGCGUGUGUUUGCGUGCGUAUGAUCGCGAGAACGUUGGCAACGGAAUCAUCGAACCCCGGCAGCAGCAGUAACAGCAGUGUAGUACGUUUUGUGACGGCACUAGAGAAAAAAAAGCCACACAACGACGGCGGCGAUAGCGAGAGUAGUACACAUUUUCCUGUGUGAGCGCAAACACAUAAUCAUCAUCGCAGUAGACGACGACGACGACGACGUAGAACGAUAAGUCCCGUGAAAGAAGAAGCAAUGCCGGUAUUAUGAAAAUUCAUAACCACAACACCAACGCACCACACGAGAAAGUGAGAACUCGAUCGGUCGUCAGCAAGGAAGCGCAACAGACGAACGGGACCGUGCGGACUGUCGUCGGUGCAGGUGCUUCCGGUAAGCAGCAGCAGCAGCAGCAGCAACAGAAACCGAACCAACAGAAAGUCGCUGCUGCUACAACGUCCGCUCCGGCCACCAACCUAAGUCCGGAGCUGGAGAACACGGCCAACCGGCUAACGUUGGAAGCGGGCAAACGGGGCCGUCGACGCGGACUGCCACAGGAACAGGCAGCGGCGGUACAGCAGGAGGAGCAGGAGGAGGAAGAAGAAGGGCAAGAGGGGGAAAAGGAGACAGUGAACGACGAAAGUCAGGAAGAGGAGGAGGAGGUGCUGGUGGAGGAAAGUAGUGCGGCAAAGCGGCGUCGAUUGAAUCGGUCGGCCGAGCACCAGCAGCAGCACAAGCAGGAUAAUAUACAGACGGAUGAGGAGGAGGCACCAAACCACAAAGAUCAGCCAGCAGCAGCGUCGGAGCUAGAAAACAACGAACAGGAGGAGGAGCACGACACAACCGAAGCGGCGGCGGCGGCGAUCGGUGGUGAAGAGGAAGACGCCGAAACCGAAAGCCUGGUGGAGGACCUCAACGAGGACGACCGUACGUCCUCGUCGACGGUCUCUGCCGAGGAGACGCUCGAUCAAGUGAUGGAAAGUUUCAACAAGGGUCGCAUCAAUAGCAGCAGCAGCAGCAAGCAAGAGAAAGCGCACUCCUCCGCAGCCUCAAUCGAUCCACUCAUCAUGACGAUGGAUGACUACCAGCAGCAGCAACAGCACCAACAGCAACAGAACGACGACGCACCGAUGGAAGACUACGAGCCGGCGGUGACCGUGGUCGGUGGCAGUGCGUCUGCCAGCGAUGACAUCGAAGACACGGACGGUACGCAGCCGGGCAACCGAUUGUUCCGGAAGAAGGUGAAACGAAAACUGCCGGCGCGGCCGAACAGUAGCAGCACCACCGCCACAACCACCACCACCGUAAGCAAUAGUGGUGGUGGUGGCAGCGUUAUGGCAGGCGGCGGAAGCAUCGGCGGCGACAAUGGCGCUGCCAACUGUUCGUCCAAGGCGAAGCUACAGAUGGUGCACGAGUUUCCGAUGCUGUUUCUCGGGCUGCGCCGCAACCGGAUGUUUCUGGUGAACUCGCUGGCGCAGUGGUUCGAUCUGAACCAGCGCGACAUCAUACUGACGCUGCGCAAGAUCAAGCAGAACGAGAGCAGCGUACGGUUGGGUGGUGUGUUCGGGCUGGGGUCGACCGAGGUCGAGCUGCUGUUUCACAAAAACGUGCCUAAGAUUGCGGACUGUCUGCGCAAUUUUAUCGUGUGGCCGGACGACAUCACGAUGAAGCUGAACGUACCGAUCAGCCUGCGGCAACACUUCCAGCGCAUUCACCUCAUCCUGAACUAUCUGGUGGUGCGCGUGAAGCAGAACGCCGUCCAGGAGCUGCCGGCCGAUGAGAUAGCGAACUCGUUCUGCCCGAACGAGCAGUGCCACAAGCUGAAGUACCUGGUCGCGUCCACGCUCGAUGGGUGCGUGUGCUUUGUGUCGCGCGCGUUCGGCGUCCAGACGGACGACGAGCAGGUGCUGAGCCGGUCCGGCUUUCUGACCAAGUUCAAGACGAACACGAACCUGAUCGCGGGCAAGAACUUUCACAACUUCGAGGACCAGCUGGCGAACGGGCACGAUCACACCAACAACAAUGGGGGUCACGGCCGGCGGAAUCGGGUCACGUCGGCGAGCAGGUCCGGUGGUGGUGGUGGUGGUGGGGCGGAUGCCGACGACGAUCUCGAGCGGAUACUCGGCGGGGGCGGCAGCAGCAACAGCAAUAGUGUGGACAACUUCGAGGACAUCGUGUCGGAGAAGAUCAGCAAGAGCAAAACGUUCAAGCUGAAGAACUACAUCGAGAACAUACUGGAGAACUUCCAGAGCCAUCAGCUGCUGAGCCCGCAGACGUGUAUCGAUGCGCGGACGCUGAAGCUGCUGGACGACAUUGUCGUGAUUGUGGGGGCGCUCAUAAAUCUGCAGAAGCAGGAGAUCGAGUAGAGUGUGUACGGUUAGUAUGUGCAGGGAAGGAGUGAGAGAGUGAGAGAGCAAGAGAUAGAGAGAGGAUGAUAGUGGAAAGGAGGAAGAUGUAGGACAUAAGAACACCGCGUAUAGAGUGACAAGUGAGUGGAACAACAGGCAUUUGUGGUGGUGUGUGCGUGUCGGUUUGGUUCGAUUCGGAAUCACUGCUUCUAUUGCUUUUCCCUUCGUUUAUUGAAGCUUUUUUUUGUUCAAUGUGGUCCCGUUUUUUUUUGGUCUUGUACGUCUGUUUCAACUCACUUUAAGCUAUUCUUGUACCUUCUUUAGUAGCGUAACAGGCAGUGAUCGGAUCGGAGUUAAACCAGACACACGCACCACAAUGCAAUGGAAGAAGAUCCUACGGCUAGGUAUAUAAGGCUUAUGUUCAAAGUUGAAUUAUACAUAUGCAAGGAAAUGGAACGGCGGAGAUGCGUAUCAUAUGCAUUACAUUAUUCCCUCGACUUAAGGAGUUAGCUCACACUGGACUGGAUUACAUAGAGUACACAUCGUAUUCUGGUUCAUCUCCCUCUACACGGAUAUCAGCUCCGCAAAAAACUUUUGCUUGCUCGCCAUCAGCGGCAAAUAGCCUCCCCGGUUCAGUUCUCCCCUUUUUUUAUGUGUACUUCUUCCUUUCACCCCGCAGUUUUCCUCCCCCUUCCCCCUCCCCUCCCUCUUAUGUGUACUAUUGUACAGUAGUUUGUAAGGUAGUUGAAGUAAACAUUUUUUCUUGCACGCAAAAAGAAAGCGAAAGAAAGGAAAGUUAGUGAGAAAGAGAGGGUGAACUGGAGUUGAAGUAUGAUUUUAAAAUGGAGGAAAAUAUUUAGCAAAAGAAGGAAAGGAAAAACAAACAAAUAAGGAAAAAAACAUUUGAAAACUGGAAGAAAGUAAGCAAACGUGGGAUGUAGAGAGAGAUAGAGAGAGAACUUCAUGUGGUGUUCUCUGAGCCGGGUAAAAAAAGGUAUCGUUUGAUUUCUGUACAAAAUAAAGUGAAUGCGAUCGGAAAAGAUCCCGCAUCACCUCCCAAGCCAGGCGUGUGUGUGUGUUCUAAUGUUUUGUAGACAGGCAAAGAACGAUGGCUUUUUGUUAAGGGUUAGGUGUGUAAGGUACAGGCAAAACUGGUAAGGUGGUAGCAGCAGCGAGGGCGCCAUAUCACGUUGACAAAAUUAUAAACCGGGGAGGCGUUGCCUUACCAUGAAAGCAAUUACGUUUGUCAAUGCGACAGAUUGGCCACCCGUACCUGCGUGUCUGAACUGGUGUGGCAUAUCGCAUCGAACAUAGGAGACGACUCGAUGAGACAGACCUUCAAAAUUGUCCCUUCACACCUGUUUGGGUGUGGUAGGCAAUCAUUUAUUUCCGUUCUUGUAUUUCCUUCUCUUGUUUUCCAACGACAAGUCCGCAAAAAGAUGCGCAGACUAGGCACAGUCCCAAUAGAUUCGCAAAUAAUAAAGAGUCCAGCAAAAGAAGGAAAGGCGAUUUUCCGAUGGAAAAAAGUACAUAGAAAUAAAAACCAAGGCGCAAAAGGCGCAGAAAGCGACAGCAGAUUGUGGCUCAAACAAAAUCUUGAAGGCACACACCGCAAUCGAUUAUCAUUGAACUGAGAAAAGCAAAGACACACACACAGACACACACUUCGAAACAUAAAAAAACGGAACACUUAAUGGGAGAAAAUCAAUAGACAAAGGUUAGCAAUAUAACACUGAUUUAAGCAUAGUGGUACCAAUAAUUGAGGAAAAUAUUAUAAAAGAAAAGAAAAACAAAACACAAAUAAAUACAGACGCCGUGCUGUAUGAAUGAAGUAUCGUGUUGAAUGAAUACAACAAACGGGCAUGAAUGAUAAUAAUCCGAUUGAGAAGCUUGAUAAAAGAGAGUGGUUAAAACUACUAGCAGCAGCGCUACUGCCCAUCCUAUUGGAAUAAAAAUGGGCCCCCAAAAGAACCCGUCAAAGUGAGUAAAAAUAGUGUGAAGAAUUGGGGAACGUGAUUGUUGAAGAUGGUGACUUGUUUUACUCUAAGACAUCUAACGUGUAGGAGAGGUAUUGCACGCGGGCGCAUAUAAUAUCGUGAAACCCGCGCAAAAUUAAUUCCGAUACAACUAAUUGGAUAACAAGAGAUAAAGGUUCAAACACAAGGAUUCGCUUCAACAAACCAUUGUAUAACCACUUUUAAAAACUAUCUAAACAAACCUCUACAAUACACGAGAGAAAGACUGUGAAUGUGAUGAGUGAAGUGUGGCGUGAAAGCGUGUUAUGCUGAACAAGCGUGAGUGAGUGUGACAAAAACCAAACGCAAAACCCCUCACCAUAGUAGAUUAACAAAUUGUUCUUAGGUAGGUGCAUGAUAGAAUUCACGGCGUGAUUGAGCAUGGGGAUGAUGCUACCGAAUGAGGAGGAAUGAGUAGAAGUUGCUGCUGGAGACUCGUAGAACGGCUUGUGCACUUAAACAUUGUACAUAGUAUUGGAAAUAAAAAGAUCAAAAGGAA